GUGCACUCUGCAACAUGUGAAAUCAGCUCUUACACUAUCACACUCUCUCUUUCUUUUUUCUUUCAUUUCAUUCACUUCACAACCAAAAAAAAAAGUAAAAAUAAAAAUAGUAUCAAUGGAGCUUCAAAAUUGUACCAAAAAACCAAAUCCAGAAGAACCUUCAAACUUCAACAAUGGCGAAACCUUCAUAGAAGACAUAGACAGUAACUGUUCAACUCCAUACGUCAGUGCUCCUUCAAGUCCAGGUCGCGGCGGCGGACCUAUCACCUCCGGUUACUUCUACAGUGCUCCGGCGAGUCCAUUACAUUUUUCUAUAACCGCUUCUUCUUCUUCUUACCAUCAUCAAACAAAUACUAACUCUAACGUUGUUCCGUUAAGUUAUGAGUUUGAAUUUUCGGCUCGGUUCGGAUCCACCGGUUCAGCUUCUUCCGGUUCAAUGACUUCUGCUGAUGAGUUGUUUCUGAAUGGUCAGAUCCGACCCAUGAAACUUUCUUCUCAUCUUGAACGGCCUCAGGUUCUUGCUCCAUUGUUGGAUCUUGAAGAAGAAGAAGAAGAAGAUGAUGUUGAUUGUGUUGUUGUUCGUGGUAGAGAUCUGAGAUUGAGAGACAAAUCUGUUAGAAGAAGAACCAGAUCUAUGUCUCCUUUAAGGAACAAUACUCAUUUGGAAUGGACAGAGAACGAGGAAGAAGAAGAAGAAGAAGUCAACAACAGCAACAAAAACAAAAACAAAAACGUUGCUAUAGGUUCUGAGAUUGAGAAUGAAGAAAACAACAAUGGUUCUGAAAUGGAGAAUAAUAAUGUUAAAGUUGAUGAAAUGGGUUUAGAGAGAAUAGAGAUAAUAACAACACCUUCAGAUUCAGCUUCAUCUUCAAGAUCUUCUUCAGCUGGAAGAAGUUCUAAGAGAUGGGUUUUCUUGAAAGAUUUUCUAAGAAGCAAAAGUGAAGGAAGAAGUAACAAUAAAUUCUGGUCAACUAUUUCAUUUUCUCCUAUAAAAGAUAAGAAAUCUAACUCAAAUAAUCAAAAUCUUCAACCCCAGAUGAUAAAGGAGAAAUCUUGUAACAGUCAAAGAAAUGGGUCAUCUUCAUCUUCAUCUUCUUCACAUGGUUGGAGUAAGAAAAUCACAGGUAAACCUAUGAAUGGUGUUGGGAAGAGACGUGUUCCAGCUUCACCACAUGAGUUACACUAUAAAGCAAACAGAGCUCAAGCUGAAGAGUUGAGGAAAAAGACUUUUUUACCCUAUAGACAAGGUUUGCUUGGUUGUUUGGGAUUUAGUUCUAAGGGUUAUGGUGCUAUGAAUGGUUUUGCUAGAGCCUUAAACCCUGUUUCAUCAAGGUAAAUUAAUCCCAUCUUUCUUUGGGGUUGGUUUUAUCAUGUUCUUUAAAUUGUACAGAUCAUUAUUAUUAUCAUCAUCAUUAUUAUUAUUAAUAUUUCUUAGAUCAUUUUGGAAUUAAUCGUUUAGAUAUUAGUAUUAAAGCUUUUAAGGUCACUCACCCUAUGUGUCUUCUACUUUUAGAGGGAUGGUGAAGAUUACAAUAUGAGGUUUCUUUCUUCUUCCACCACAUCAUCCUUGUAGAUGAUGAUGAUGAUUAAACUAUGUACAAUAUACUAGUGUACUACUUCACAGCAUUUUAUUAUUUACACUAUUGCUGUGUGUAGUAACUAGAUUUAUAUAUUAUUUUAUUUUAUUAUUCA